AUGCUGUUUCAAAUUCUUUUUACGGGAAUGAGCGAGGAACGGAUAGGUUUGAGGUUGGAGGAUCCCGAACUACAGAAACGGUUUUUAACGCCAUUUUUAGCGAAGAAGGUUCCACUUAUCACUAAAGAGGAAGAAAGGAAAUCUUUCACCGUGGAUACCUCCAACAUUUUUUUGAGGCUUUUCUUCUGGUGGCUCAUUCCAGUAUUAAAUGUCGGUUACAAGAGAACUUUAGAGUCCAGCGAUUUGUUCUACUUGACCGACGAACUUAAAGUAGAGGCCCUAGCUGAACGUUUUGAUUAUCAUUUUAGCAAUCAAAUUGAGAGAGAGCGUUCGAGGGUUUAUGAAAAUGCGAAAAAAAUGAAGGAUUUAGAAGAGAAUUUGACCAGAACUGAUAUAGACUUCAAUCCGUCGAAAUGGGCAACGUUGUUCGCAAUUCUUUAUACUUUUAGACGACAGUACACAUGGGCAUGCAUUUACAUGAUGAUCAGUCAGCUAGCUUAG